AUGGAACAGCAUCGAAUACUUCGAUUAUUACUAAAUACUUUUGGUUUUCUUGGUAUACAAUUACGACCAUUGAUUUUAAAUGAUCCAUUGAGCAUAAUAAAUUGGUCAUGGAAUGUUUUGAUAAAUUUAUUAUCACUUUAUAAAUUACAUGAUCAAAAACCAUUUGAUCCACGAUUAAAACGAUUAAUGUCAACUGAUCAAUACCUGAUGUAUUAUCUUAUUAAAAUAUGUGGUUCAUUAAUAUUUCCGGUGAUUUAUCAUUCAUAUAUUAUUACUUAUAUGAUUUAUGGACAUCGAUUAAUACGUCAUCUACAAUCAACAAUAUUUGCAUCGGUUCAAAUCUCUUCACGAAUUGAUAAUCUAAUGAUUAUUGCUGGAUUGGUGAUUCCGACAUUUUUUCUUUGGCUUAGAAAUUUCUUGCCAUUUGAUACAUUUAGCUUAUCAACAAUAUUUGGCAUUCAAAUAUUUGCAUUUUAUAAUACCGUCUCAUGGAUAUUAUUAUAUUUCAUACAAUUGGCUAAUCUUCAUGUGUUGGAACAAAUUCGUCAACGUUAUCUGGAUGAUGAAAUUGAAAAACAAACAGUGAAAUUCACUAACACAAGAAAAUGUAAAAGUUUAUAUUCAAAGAGAUCACAAUGCGAGAUAUUGGCUGAAAUUGGCAAAAGAAACGAACCAAUACGGCAUACAUUGAAAAAUCAAUCAUCAAUCACAAAAUGUCGAAAUCUUUUUGAAGAGAUGAAAGAAUUGGCUGAAUUGAAUAAUCGAUUACAGCCAAUAUCUUCAUUAAUAAUAAUUAUUCAACUGAUUCAUACAUCUAUUGUAACCACAAUAUCUAUGAACGAUACGGCAAUGGCUGAUUUUCCUUAUAAUUUUGGUUAUUUUUCCGAAAUACUAUUGCGAAUGUUAAUUUGGUUUGGUCUUUUGACAAUAAAUCGUAAAGUUUUACAAAAUUUUAAUCGUAUUGAAGGAUUUAUGUUACGAAAACUGCGUAAAGUUAGUCCAAAUCAAACAAUACCAUCGUCGACACAGAAUUCAUCACCAUUAAAAUGUGCCAAAGUUAUGAAAUUUAAAGAGAUGAAUAUUUAUCAACAAUCAUUUACUCUAUUGUUGUUUGAUGUUCUUUGUAUUGAUUUGAAAUUUUUAUUGGAUUGGAUUUGUUUUAUAGCCGGUUAUGCAACAUUAAUACAUCAAACUCGUUGGCUUUGA